AUGCUGAAGCCUACGUCACAGUCAAAGUCCUCCGAUGUCGAUGGCGGGUUCCCGUGGUUGGACGCCGUGGGUUGGGGGUGUUUGAUCUGGUAUACCACGGUGCAGUUGGUUUGUGUUGUUGGAUACUACCAAAUAUGGAAGUUUUUCUUGCAACGACCUCCAAAGUCCAGCUCGGCCACUCCUGUCUCCCACGCCCCCCAUGUGACCGCCAUCCGGCCCAUCAAAGGAUUAGAACCACAUCUUUAUGAGUGUCUAGCGUCGACUUUCUACCAGGAUUACCCUCACGAUAAACUAUCUGUACACUUCUGCGUCUCGUCGCGAACGGAUCCCGGCUAUUCCACAGUGCAAAGAGUUCUGAACGAUUUCCCCGAUGCCAACGCGCGCCUUUUCAUCGAAGACGAAGAUCCUCUCCUACAUCCGCAGAAUGGCGAUACAUCGUACGCUUUGGGUCCCAACCCAAAAAUUCGGAAUAUGAGUCGGCCGUACCGCGAAGCAAAGGGCGACAUUAUCUGGAUCAUCGAUUGUAAUGUUUGGGUGGGACCUGGCGUUUGUGGGCGGAUGGUGGAUAGACUCUGUGGGACUGGAAACACGCCUGGUAAGAAAUACAAGUUCGUACACCAUCUCCCGGUUGCGGUGGAUGUUACGGGAGAAGGCAGCUUCAGGGAGGAAAGGCAGGCGCUUCUUGACGGAGCCUACGAUGGCAACGCUGCCAACCGUGAAGCAGUGGUGGCUGCUCUUCCACACAAGGAUUUGGAUGCCGCUGGGGCUCUGGCAAUGGGAGGUGGUCGCCUUGAGGAGUUGUUCCUGUCAUCUGCGCACGCCAAAAUGUACACGGCAAUCAACACGGUUCUGAUUGCGCCGUGUAUCGUGGGCAAGUCCAACAUGUUCCGUCGCUCACAUCUAGAUUACUUGACCGUGCCGUCGUCUACGAAUCCGCACUCGCGUCUUCCCGGCAUUGACUACUUUUCAGAAAAUAUCUGCGAGGAUCAUUUAAUUGGGGACUUGUUGUGGAAGAAUCGGGUUCGGGAGGAGAAGGAGUUGGGAGAACGCUUGGGCAAGCAUGCCAUGGUGUUUGGGGACCUCGCAUUCCAGCCGGUGGCCAACAUGAGCGUUCAAGCCUAUCUGGCGCGGCGGGUCCGAUGGCAGCGUGUCCGCAAGUUCACCGUUCUUCUCGCCACGUGGGUCGAGCCAGGUACGGAGUCGAUUCUGUGUUCCCUGUAUGGAGCAUGGGGUGUCACGACUUCAUUGGCUCAACAUUUGCAGAAUAAGGGGAUUGAAUGGGCACCCUUGCUGUCUACGUGGGCUGCAUUUUUUGCAUUUUUCAAUCUGAGCAUGGCGGCCUGGAUCUUCGUAGAUUGGACGUUGUAUAUCAAGCUGCACUCCGCAAAAACCGUCGAACUUGAUGAGAAUACGCCAUCGUUUGCUCGACCACCAAGCUACAAAGGCUCGACUACCAGACGCUCCUUUUUAACCUGGUUUGCUGCAUGGUGUGGCCGGGAACUUCUGGCAUUGCCGAUUUGGUUCUGGGCAUUCUUUGGGGGUGUCACGGUGACAUGGCGCGAACGACGAUUCCGAGUGGGAUUCGAUGCUAAAGUGCGCGAGAUUGAGUCUGGAUCGAAGGCUCCGUUAGAGGGCUCGUAUUCGAGCGGUAGUCGGGGUUAUUCCAAAACUCGACGGGACUAG